AUGAACACUGGAAAAGAUCAGAAAUUCGCAGGUGAAAUUGAUAAACGUGUCGUUGGCGUGCUGUUGUGCAGACAUCCACGUGGCAAACUUGACAAUUUGAUUUUCGAACGGCUUUCGAACUACUUGGAAGAGAUAUUGAAUUCUGUACUUGUUGAUCAUUAUUCAAGUAGUUACCAACAGCUGUCAUUAUUUUGCAGGAUUCAGUUUCGAACAUCUGAAUCAUAA